CCUACUUCCCUUCGCAGCUAGGUCCGGCCCUACUGAUCGCCUAGGUCUCCACCGCGCGGUCCCACCCACCGGAGGCGGGGGCCCGGGAGCUGGUGUGAAAAAGGUCUCCUGGACACCCGACCCUUGUUCCUGAGGAAUGAGCGUCCGCGGCCUCCGCCCGGCUCUAAACCCAACAACCUCUCCACCCCGCCUCCUGCCUCUUCCCCCGCCCCCCUCGGCGGACUGCGCCUGCGCACACGCGUGUGGGCGGGCGCGGGGAGCGGCAGCACGUGCUGGGGACGACGCCCCGCCCCUCCGGCCCGGGGGCGGGGCCUGUGACGUCUCCGCCUUCAGGUCGGGGCACGCCGCGUGCGUCAGCGCGCCUCUCGGGGUGAGGGGGCGGAGCCUAGGAGGGAGCGCCCGCCUCCCGAGCCUCCCAGCCUGGCCCACCUUGCUUGAGAGCGGGGGGGGGCGCCGAGGGGUACGUUUUUCCUACGCUCUCUUCUCAAGUUAAAAUUCCCAGAGGCAAAGAAAAUUUAGUUUUCUGGACUGAAUGAUGGCAACAGUGCAGAAUAAAGAAGAAUGUGGGAAGGGACCAAAGAAAACCUUUGCUCCACCUACACAAAAAUCCCAUUUUCUGGUACCUUGUGAUCCUAAGGCACCGAACACAGAGACUCUGGGGGUGAAAGCCCCAGAAGCAAAGGCCAGGCCACGCCCCCCAAAGUCCAGAUUAGAGAUGAAUGAAGAGAAAGCAGACACAGAGAAUGGCUCAGGCAUUGGCCAGGAGCAAAAAGGAAAGACUCCAGAGAAGAAGCAAAACAAGCAAGCUGUGAAGAAAGAAAAGGGAAGAUCAAGUCUUACGAAUGCAGAAUUUGAAGAGAUUGUCCAGAUUGUGCUCCAGAAGUCCCUGCAAGAGUAUGAGGGCCUGGCUUGUCAGGAGAGCAGAGGGGCUUUGGAUACUUCCUGUGCCCAGUCCAUGGUAUGUACUGGAUCAGACAAAGUGCCAGGAAAUGCUGCUUCUGCUACUGGUAAUGAUGCUGUUGAUGGAGAGAAGAUGAUAGUAAUUCAUGCUACAGAGACUUCAGCCCCUCAAGAAGACAAAGCUGUCCCUGUGUUCAGAGCAUCUAAGCAAGGCCGCCCAGAUCCUGCACCGUCUGAGAAGAAAUCGAACAGACCUCGGUUAAGCAAAAGAAAGAGGGAAGCCCAGGAUGAGAAGAUGGAGAGUGGCCAAGGUGGACAUGAGCACAGACAGAAAAAUGAACCAAAGAAAAUGAUUCAAGAUCUGUCUCAGAUAAGUGGUCAAUAUCUAGUUUGGGUCCAGUGUUCUUCCUCGAACUGUGAGAAAUGGAGGCGGCUGCAUGGGAAUAUUGACCCCUCGGUUCUUCCAGACAACUGGUCUUGUGCUCAGAAUCCAGACUUGAAGUAUAAUAGCUGUGAUAUUCCUGAAGAGAGCUGGACAGGACGUGACAGUGAGGUGGCCUAUGCUACCUACAUCCCAGGAUCCAUCAUCUGGGCCAAGCAGUAUGGUUAUCCCUGGUGGCCCGGCAUGGUAGAAUCUGAUCCUGACCUGGGGGAAUAUUUUCUUUUUGCCUCUCACCUUGAUUUAUUGCCGUCUAAAUAUCAUGUGACAUUUUUUGGAGAAACUGUUUCUCGAGCCUGGAUCCCUGUCAACAUGCUGAAGAACUUUCAGGAGCUGUCCCUGGAGCUGACAGGAAUGAAAAAGUACCGGAACAAGGACUUCAGCCAGAAGCUGGGGGCAGCCCUAAUAAUGGCUCAACAGGCAGAACAGAUCAGCAUUCAGGAGCGAGUUGCCUUGUUUGGUUUCCAGAGCCGAUAUGCCAGGUCUGACAGCAAUGGAGAAGGAAAAGACUUAAAGUCCUCUGAGGCUAACAGCCCAGAGUUUUGCUUGGAGAAGAAGGAGCCACAGAUAGAAGACAAGGAGUCACAGAAGGACCCAACUUUGCCCAGUCCCAAGCAAGCCAAAAUACGAACAAAAAAUCCCAAACGAAAGGGGUGUGACACAGGAAUGGCCAAUGGACGAGGCGAGACCCUGCCAAGGAAGACGAUGAAAAAGUCUCUGAGCAGUGAAUCUGCAGCUCGUGCACCCACAGUGGGAAGAGAAGACCAGUGGGACUCAGAUCUUGACCAGCCAGGCCCUAAGAAAAAAUUUAAAACUCCUCAGAACAAGGCCUCAGGAGCCAGUCUGUCUGAGGAAGAAGUUAGCACAGUGCCAAAGAGCUUGGCCCAGCAGGCGCCACUGGGGGCCUGUCCCUCCCUGGGGACAGCAGGGCCCAGGCCCCAGGAACCAGCAGCCCAGGAGACUGAAACUCUCCCUUCUGAAGAUGAAGUCUCCAGUGACUUGGACCUGGAGCAGCUCCUGGAAGAUAUUGGAAGAGAAUCCGAGGAGAGAGAGGAACUACAGUACACAGACAGUGAAGAGGAGUUUGUAGUCCUCUUUGAGGAGUAG